ACUUGUUCGAACCGUAUUUUUUAAUGCAGUGAAAUGAUUUAAUUAAUAUCAGUUAAUUUGCAACGUGCUACGCAACAUUUUUAUUUAUUAGUUGUUUUUAUUCGAAAGUUAAAAGUGAUUUGAGCAAGAUGUUUGAAUUCGCAUUUCUUACAGCAGGAUCGAAAGAAGCAGAUUCUAGUUCAGAAGAUUCAGCAGCGUCCGAUACUAGUCACGAGUGCGUAGAGGUGCCGAUUCCGGAAAAUCUCCGACAGGGCAUCGACCUUGAACCGGAUAGUUUGCAUGUUUUCAUAGCAAGCGUCGAUACCCAGGUGGAGUAUCUGAACUGUCUAACACUGCCCCAGGAAGACUUGGCCGGUGAUAUACUAUCGGCCGAAAUGAAUCAUUCCGAUCUGAUUCCGGGUGUGUACGAGGGGGGUCUGAAGGUAUGGGAGUGUACUUUCGAUCUUGGCGAGCUCAUUGCAGAGCAGGGAUCGUACACGAAGCUUUUCAAGCAUGCGUCGGUUCUCGAUUUGGGAUGUGGCUCCGGCAUCUUGGGAAUACUGGCAAUCAAGCUGGGCGCGACUUCGGUCGUCUUUCAGGACUAUAACAAAGAUGUGUUGAAGAAUGUGACUAUCAAGAAUUACUCUUUUAAUUGCUGCAAUAACAGGAACGACGACGCACCACAGGCCGAAGCGCACUUCUUUUCGGGUGAUUGGGCAAGUUUUGUGCAAAAGGAACAGCAGAUGUACGACGUAAUACUUACCUCAGAGACGAUUUAUAAUACCAGCAACUAUAGCAAACUGAUUGACCUACUGAAGAGCAAAUUGAAACCGGAGGGAGUUGUUUUGCUGGCAGCCAAAGCCUACUACUUCGGUGUUGGCGGAGGACUGCGACUGUUCGAGCAAGCAUUGGACGCGGAUGGGGCGCUCGGACAUCGGGUGGCAUGGCAGUGCGUCAACGGUGUUCGCCGAGAGAUUCUCGAAAUCCGCUGGAACGGAGUACCGCCAGUGGCAAACGAUAAUACCGGAACAAUGGCUUCCCAGUCGGAUAACUCGGAUGGCGAUCCCGAUACUGCAGAAAUAUAAAAGGAACUUCUUUUCGGUUCUGUUAACAGUGCAGAAUUGACAACGGACACACAAGUCAAAGACCAAAGCAAAAGUACCUAACUGAUUUGAGUUUCAGUUCCAGUAAAAGCGAACGAAUGUUUCCUUCUCUUCGCCAACACUGAGAUAACGAGCGGCAGGCCAAAAACACAUAUAUUUACACAUAAUAUAUAUUUUGUUUUAUUUGAUGAAGCAUCAACCAGAGCUAAAGAAAACAAAUCAAAUCAUUUUUUAACUCAAAAGGAUAUCAUCGGUUGGCUGUAGUCUAAUGUGCAACAUUAAAUAGUUUACAUUCAUAAGUGCCCCUUUCUCACUCUCUUUUGUCGCUUCGAUAUAGUUAACACAAUUCCAUGGUAGGGUUAACAAUGAAAUUGACAAAAUGGAGAAACGAGGCAGAGAAAACCAAAGGACCUAAUACAAACUAAGUAGUUACGGGAAAGCUUUGAAAU